GAGACCGAGCCUGAGGCCCUGGGGCGAAGGAGGGACAGAGGAGGCCAGUCAGAUGUCCAGCCGCCUGAGCCCUCUGAGCAGGACUUCGGGACUUGGGGAAGCUCGUCGAGGGAGCUGGGGUAGGUGGGGACACGAGGGGAGGGUCCCUAGGCAGGCGGUCAGUCCUGUCCCCCCUGUCUGGGGAUCCACCCCCAUGCCAGCUCCAGCCCCCUGACCCCUCACCCAGCAAGGCGCCCGCUGUUGAAAUCGCUGUGCAAAGGGCCCGACCGCCUGGCCGGAAGGCCUCCCCACCAUGCCGGCCUGGGGUCCAGUCCUGGCCACGCUGGCCACCCUGGUCACCCUGGCCGCCUUCCUCCUGCUGGCCCGGAGGAGGCGGAGGUGGCCGGAGCAGGAGACCCCCGGGCAGGCCGGGCCGGAGGAGCCCUUGCCCGGGGGCUGCCGCCUCAUCUGCAAGCCGUCGGCGCUGGCGCAGUGCCUGCUGCGGACCCUCCGCCGCUCGGCCGGCCCGGGGCCCCGGCCGGGCUGGUGGCGAGCCUGGCCGCACCUGCAGACCCUCUGCCACUUCGUGCUGCCCCCCGGCCCCGGGCCCGAGCUGGCCCGAGAGAUCCUGCAGCUGGCCGACGACGGGCUGGUGGCCCUGGACUGGGUGGUGGGGCCCUGGGCCCGGGGCCGCCGGACCCCCGCGUCCACCUCGUCGCCCACGUCGCCGUCCGCCUCGUCGUCCGCCUCCCCGGCGGUGCUGCUCGUCAUCCCCAACGCGUGGGGCCUCCUGACCCGCAACGUGCUGCGCCUCUGCCGCCUGGCCCUGGAGCGGGGCUACUACCCGGUCAUCUUCCACCGGCGCGGCCACCACGGCUGCCCCCUGGCCAGCCCGCGCCUGCAGCCCUUCGGGGACCCGUCGGACCUGAAGGAGGCGGUCACCUACAUCCGCUUCCGACACCCGGCCGUGCCGCUCUUCGCCGUGAGCGAGGGCUCGGGCUCGGGCCUGCUGCUCGCCUACCUGGGCGAGUGUGGCUCGUCCAGCUACGUGACGGGCGCCGCCUGCAUCUCACCUGUGCUGCGUUGCCGGGAGUGGUUCGAGGCCGGCCUGCCCUGGGCCUACGAGCGCGGCUUCCUGCUGCUCCAGAAGGCCAAGCUCAGCAGAUACGCCACGGCCCUGGCGGACACCGUGGAUGUGGCCAAGCUGCUCUGCAGCCGCUCGCUGCGGGAGUUUGAGGAGCGGCUCUUCUGCCAGACUAAGCACCUCCCCGUGAGCUGGGACGCCUAUUGGGACGUCAACGACCCCCUGCGGGAUGUGGACGAAGCCGCCGUGCCCGUGCUGUGCAUCUGCAGUGCCGACGAUCCCGUGCGGGGGCCUCCAGCGGGCACCCUGCCCACCGAGCUCUUUCUGAGCAACCCCUACUUCUUCCUGCUGCUCAGCCACCACGGGGGUCACUGUGGCUUCCUGCGCGAGGCCUGCGCCCCGGCCUGGAGCCACGAGGCCACGCUUGACUACUUUCGGGCCCUGAGCGACUUUUUCCGCGCCGAAGAGAGGCUGAAGGGGAUGGCCCAGCGCCGGGCCUCUUUCUUGGGGGGCCGGCGCCGCCGGGGCACCCUGCAGCGGCGGGAGGCCUCCUCGCCCUCGGGCCUCCAGGAGAUCUUUAACUGGCAGCGCUCCUACACCAGAUGAGAGGCCAGCCUGAGGGACAGCUGGGGCCACCGCCGCCACUACCAAGAGCUCAAGCCCCUGAGCGGCUGGGGCCGGCUGGCUCCGCGGACUGGCUCUUUCCAGCCCUGCAAGCCGCCUCCGGGAUCCAGAACCACUUCCAGGAGGACGGACACUUCAGCGAAAGCAGCCUGGGCUCCCCUGGCCGGCUCAACCCAAAGGGAGUGCCCGGUGGGCCAGACACCAUCUCUCCCUCGGUCAGCACAGAGCCAGGCAGCUGGAGAGGGCGGGAAGAGGGAAGCCCUGGAACGGGCAUGGCGGACAGGCUGGGUUGGACUGGGGCUGGGGGAGAUUGUUUUCCUAGAAAUGGCAGCAAGGGAACGGCCUGACAUGGGAGCAUAGGCCUCAGG